CGUCCACCGACCACCACUCACCACCCACCGCGCUCCCACUGUUCCUACCCGCCCUCCUGCCAGCAUCUCGUCGCCGCCCAUGCGAGCAUUUCCACCACCGACAUCGUGACCUGGCCGUCGUCCAUGCCCGUAUUUGUAUGAGCAGCCCGCCCGCACGUGCACAUCGAGGUGGGCAUGGUGGUNGGCGAGCGCGGAUACAGCUCUCUGCCAUCGCCGCCAAUAUGGAGGUCCAGCGCGACGUGCAACAGCGCCGUCAGGCCGAGCUCGAGGCUCUGUAUCGCGCCCGCAAGAACACCGCCUCCGCCUCUGCCUCCGCCGCCGCCCGCAACACCCAUCUGGCUGCCCCAAAUGGCCGCGGGCACUCGCCGCAGCUGAGCAUUUCCGAUGACACGCACCACGUCACCGAAACCAUCCAUUCGUGGUACGACGAGCCGAACAGCAUGGAGGAGAGGCACAGCAACCGACCCCUGAGCUACAUCAACAGCCCCAGCGAGCGCGAGGGCUUCGAGGCCCGCCGGCAGAGAAGGCAUGGUGCUCUCCUUGGAGCUGCCGGUGGUGCCACAACGAGCCCUCCUGCGACCCCGACAUCUCCGCCCAGUACGGCUCAAGGCCGCUUCUCACCGCAUCGAAUGCAGAGUAGCGAGGGGCUCCCUUCGGCCGCUAGCGGCGAGGAUAUUGGCAAUGGGAACCCGUCACUGCAGCGCAUGGGAUCGCAAGGACAACGAUCACCGGGACAGCAUUCACCCACGACCCCGCCGCCCCUCAGCCGACAGUCCAGCACCGACAUCGCGAUCCAGCAGUUUCCGCUCAACGACAUCGACUAUGAAUCGAGUCCAGCAGCGGUAGCGCAGGAACUGAGCAAUCUCCAAGCCAUCAGACGCAUGUCCAUGAACGUAGAUACCGCCGACCCUGAUCUACCAUCUUUCGGCGGCAUGGGUAGCAUUUCGAGCGUAGCCCCAACCGACACAGAGGACGAGGAUGAUCCGUCGAAACUGUUCUGGGUGCCAGCUAGGCUGCAUCCCGAAUUGGCACCAAAGGAGUUCAAGACAUUUAUUGAAGAUCGAGUCGAUCGAAUCCGUCGAAGAUCGGGGGACGAGAAUAGCUUGUCACCAGAAGGCCUUUCACGGUCAGGCUCAGGGGAUAGCAAUCUGCGGCGCAAGAAGAGCAUGCUGUCACAUUCGAUCGAUACAAGAGGAAAUUAUCAAGAUGGUGCAGAGCGCUUGGAGAGAAAGCGUUCAAAGGGGAUGCAGCUGGAGGGCCAGACCACUGUUGCAAAUCUGCACGACCUGGAGGAGCUAGUAAAUGAUCCGGCCCAGUUGAUGAGUCGCAUGAGCUUGGAGGCCCAGAGGCGGUCAUUGGAGUCACCUGCCGAAGUCCCAGCGAGCGAAGAUAUGCCCAUCCUUCCCCCAGCCAUGGGCACACUCAAGCGCUCGACGAGAACGACAUACCGUCGAGGAAGCCUCAAAAAGGGGGAGCGAGUGCCCUUCUCAAAACGUGCGGCACAGCGGCGGCCUGAGCCUGAUGCUGAUGAGCAGAGACCGGAAUCUCCAGUGUCCGCACACGCUGAAGAACGAGAACCGGUUCUGGGCCUCACUCGCGUCCAGACAGAACCCACACCACCUCCUAAAGACUCUAGGCAUGCACAUCCUUAUUCGAGGCAUGAUCAGGGACAUUCGCUGUCUUCAGAAGAUUUGCAAGCAGAACCUUUGGAUCGAUCGAGCACAUCACCACCACAGCGUAACGAACGAGUUUCUUCGGAGGACUCAUCCACUGCACAGUUGCCUUCGUCUCAACAGCCGAGACAGUUCCAAUCUCGAAUAGCGUCUCCUGGACGAACGACUGCCCAGCUGCCCGGCUACGAUAACAAGAACCCACUACCCCAGAUUGUCGAAACGCUCCCAGAUGGUUCAAAGGUCCCGACGAAUCACUUGGUACAGGCCAUUCCGGAGCGAAAGUCUUCCCACGAAGUACCUCACCAGUUUCAGCGAGGCGGUGCGCAUAUGCGCCCAGCCCCUGGCUCUAGUCGUCAGACUCCGCAGUCGUCGAAGCUCGAUGAUCUGUCUGCGAGUCCCUCCCCUCUGCUUGGUAGCGGCAGUAUGGGCACAGAUUCUCUCACUAUGAUUCCCACAUUCGACGAGAAGAAGAACGAGAAGAAAGAGGGUGGCCGCAAAAGUAGCUGGAAAUGGAUACUGGGCAGUGACGACAAGGCUAAAGACGACUCCACUGGUGACUCAAGCAAAUCGUCGAAGUCAGGUAAGCAGGGGAAAAACUCCACAGACAAGGCAAGGCUGGAUGUGCUCCAGAAUUCCAUUGAUGGAACCGUGCCCGCACGUGGCCGGGAAAGCCUUGUGCUGAAUCGCGAAGAUGUCAGGCUGGAAGAGGAACGCAGAAAGGAUGGCAAGAAGCCAGAGUCGUCCAAGAAGGAGAAAGAGUCUGGCCUGCUCUCCGCGAUAUUUGGCAACAAGAAGAAGACUUCAGAUGGAGAUCUCAAAGAGAAGAAGAGAAAGGGAGACCGACACCACUCUCCGGACCCUCCGCCGAGGAUACUGAAGCCUGACAUUGACUACAACUGGACCCGGUUCAGCAUACUCGAGGAACGAGCCAUUUAUAGAAUGGCUCACAUCAAGCUGGCGAAUCCACGUCGAGCCCUGUACAGUCAGGUCCUGCUCUCGAACUUCAUGUACUCGUAUUUGGCUAAAGUGCAGAUGAUGCAUCCCCAAAUGCAGAUACCGGCCCAGCGGACUGCUCAGCAGAGGGAGCAGCAGCAAAAGCAGCAACAGCAGCAACAGCAACAGCAGAGUCAGCAACCUCCAGAGUAUAACCAGUACCAGCGAUGGCAAGAAGAACAAGCUCGGCAAGAUGCCGCAAACCAAGCAGCUUCAGAAACCCGCACCAGCUUCGAUGCUGUGCAUGAAACUCAGCGUGACAACAACACUACCAGUACAGCCAAGCGGGCUUCUGCUGAUGAGUACGCUCGUUCCGGGUCGCACAACCCCCAAGGUUACGCUCGAGCUAAUGGCUCUCCAGGUGGGAACAGCUCUUCCAGCGCGUACAAAGUGGCUGAUACCAACGCCUAUUUGGGGUAUCAAAAGGCCAAUCGAUCGCAAGAUCAUCACGGUGAUUUGUGGAAUGACGACGAGCGAGAGGAAGAAUUGUGGUGAGCUGGCCGCCACGGCUUUUGGUCAAGUACACACUGUCAGAGUGUGGGAAAGGGAGUCUAGCAGCUUCAUGUGUACGAUAUCAUUGCUAUCUGCAGAAGCCACGAAACGUAUACGCGCCUCUCCGCGCUUGGAACGCAAUCG